UUGAGGUUGGACGCCCGAGAGAGACUGAGAGGGUGAGACUGGAAGUGUGAGAGAAUGUGUGUGAAUUGAAGUUUGAGAGAGAUGGUUCUGUGCUGGAACUGGAUGCCAAGACAUUGAGGAACUGGGGAGAAGAGAAGGAAAGUGCCUUGAAGACAGGAAACAUAAAACAAGGCUAAUUUGGUGCAAGCUGGACUGAAGACUUGAAGGAAACAAGGACUUAGAAAGUGAGAGAAGGAGAGGACAUCUGAGGAGGAAUUUGCAAGAAAAGAAGGGAAAAGAAAAAAGUUACUCAUGGGUUGUGUCUUCAGUAAACAGCGGUGGGGUAAAGAGAGGAAUUCUCAGCCCACUGACCCCCCGAAAACACGAGACAGCACAGAGGAUGCAGAGAUCCUCAGCAUAACAGAGGUCUCGGUCCCAUGUGAAGCUAUCUCAGUUAAACCCUCGUUCCAAAACCAAAUGAACAUCCCUCCCAGUAGAGACAGUGUGGAGAGCGUUAUGGAGAGGUUGAUGGACAGGCACUAUGAUUUUGACCUGACCUACAUCACUGAGCGUAUUAUCUCUGUCCUCUUUCUAUCUGACCUGGAAGAACAACGUUACAGCGCAAAUUUGAAGGAAGUAGCAGCCAUGUUGAAAUGUAAACAUCAAGAUAAGUUCUUGCUUAUAAAUCUGUCAGAGAAACGGCAUGAUAUCUGCAAGCUUAAUCCAAAGGUUGAAGAGUUCGGCUGGCCCGAUCUGCAUGCCCUGCCCCUUGAUAAAAUAUGCGCUGUCUGCAAGACCAUGGAGUGCUGGCUGGCCUGUGACCCCCAAAAUGUAGUUGUAUUGCACUGCAAGGGAAACAAAGGGAAAACAGGAGUAAUUGUAGCAGCUUACAUGCACUAUAGCAAGAUAUCAGCAGGGGCAGAUCAGGCUCUCUCCACAGUUGCUAUGAAGAAAUUCUGUGAGGAUAAAAUCUCUCCCUCUCUCCAGCCCUCUCAGAACAGGUAUAUAUAUUAUUUUGCCAGUCUUCUCUCUGGCGCUAUGAAGAUGAACAGCUCAUCUCUGUUUCUGUAUCAGAUUUAUAUUCCAGCUUUGCUCAACUACCAGUCAGGAGGAGGUUACUCUCCCUUCCUAAAGAUUUAUCAGUCGUUGCAGCUGGUAUAUUCGUCUGCCAAAUAUGAUAUUCAGGGUCCCAACAGUAAAAUGCUGUGUAUGAAUAUUGAACCAGCUCUACUGUUGAAGGGAGACAUCCUGGUGAAGUGUUAUCACCGCCACUCAGGUGUGAGUAAGAAAGAAUGUGUGUUCAGGGUUCAGUUUCACACCUGCAGUGUUCAUGAAUCUCAGCUUGCCUUUGGCAAAGGGGAACUUGACCAUGCUUGCACAGAUGACCAUUUCCCUGCUGAUGCCACAGUGGAGUUAGUCUUCUCUUCUGGUCCACAAAAGGCAAGAGGUGGAGAAUUGCAGAGCAAUGAACCGGGAGUAACUGUGGAUUACUGCACCACGGAUCCUGUUGUGCGCUGGGACUCAUACGAGAAAUUUAACCUUCACCAUCAGGAUAGUGUUGAGGAUAUCUGUCACACACGUGGGCCUUUGGACGGCAGUCUGUACGCUCAGGUGAAGAAGCGUCGUGCACUAUGCUCCAGUCCCAGCAGAUGCCCAGCCUCUAUCAAAACCUCCACACCCUCACCCUGUCAUUCCUCCUCUACUCCUCUCAUUCAUCACUCCAUCCAGCCUCUCUCGCUCACCACAGACUCAAAUCAUUCCUCUUCACCCUCCAUGUCCCACUCUUCACUUCCGUCCCAUGUUGAAAGAAAAAUAAGAGAGAAGGACGAAGACAGGGACAAACACAGAGAAACAGCAAUACUGGACGAUGGCAACUGCUCUCCUCUCAGACCAGAUUGUACUGUUCAGUCCUGUUAUGGUCGUCCAUAUUCCCACACUCAUUCAUUUUGUGUCCCAGAUAUGACCAACCCACAUGCACUGGCACAAACGGUCCACCCCAAACACCACACACUUCCCUGCUGCCACACCGCUCCAUUGGGAGUUCGAGACCUGUGUGUAUCCCAGCCGGAUCUUUUAUGGGAGAGAAGACGCUGUCUGCACCAUGCCUGCUCUGAAGCAGUCAGACACCUGUACUCAUGCCCCACUCAAGAAACGCCCCUUUCCCACUCACAGUCUUCCCAUUCCCACUCACUUCCUCCACAGACAUGCACAUUUGUUUCUGGGGAGGUGUGUCCUCUGUUCCAUUGCUCUGCCCUGCCUCGGGGUCACACCCACAUCCCUCCUUCUCUAUCCCCCAAUCAGUCACUGCUUUCCAGUCCCUACCGAGAGUUAUGUUAUAACUCGGCUCCACCAACAUUGUGCUCUUGCCGAGACUGUUCCCAUUUACGGGAGGAUGUUGCCCUCUAUUCUUUACGAGGAAGAGAGUUAGAGGGUCUACCUUGGUCUAGAGCGGCAGAGUUUGGGUUUAUGAGGGUUGGGCCUGGGCACUGGAGGGAUGGAAGAGCAGAGCCUCACUGGGAAGGAGUUCAAGAUUCCGAAUACAGGCGUCACAAAACAGUGAUGUCACCUGUGACGUUAUUGUCCUACAGACAUUGCCACAUUGCUCCAAAGCAAGACCCAGCAGUAUAUGUCACGGACACCCAACCUGAAAUCAUUACCCCACUGAGUCCAUAUCCUAGCCCACAAAGCAGUGGCUACCACAGCCCUCAUCCCGCCUGUCCCUGCUCUCCACAAAGGUUUAGAGAGAGUCCUGGCUACACCUCUAUCAGUCAUUCCACAAACUCCUCCCAACUUGCUCUCACUCCAUCCCCAAAACGAGCCAAUCACAACAAUGCUUCAGCUGAGGAAAGUCAGCACUGUACAACUGAUGGGGGUAUAAAGGUUUUAGAAGCUGAUAAAUGUCACAUUAAGGCCUUUUCUUCUUCUACCCAGGACUGCAGACCAUUGGAGGAUGGAGAUCCAGUGAAAAGUAUAGGUCAAGAAUGUGAGACUCUCCCUGGGUCUCUGAUCACUGUUGUCAUCACUGUCAAUGGGGAAACUAUAGAAAAAACAGAACCACAGCACUCCGAGGCUAAGGAAAGACCCAUCGUAGAAUCUACAUCUAACACAGCUCCAUUAUGCCCUAACUCCGCUCUCACAUACAAAAGGGUGGAGUCAGUGCAGGUACAAACGUACACCCCAAGCUCUCUCAGCAACAGUUUCCUAGAAUCAGAGCAGAAUAAAGAUGAGUGCCCAUGCUCAUGCUACACUACAACAUCAGCCUCAGUAGGUCCACCUAUUAGCUCUUCAGAGAGAAGCUCCGCCUCUGAAUUCCCUUCAUUUAACAUCAACGCUGAAAGGCAAAGCCUGAGCCCCUUGACCGACUGCACAUCAUCCAAUGGGGAAAGCAGUAACAGUGACCUUAGAGCAUCGUCCCCUGACCCUGAUGACUAUGUCACACCCUCAUUCCCUAUAGCGUCAUACAGCUAUUCUCUUCUGACAGUGCCCCAUGUACUGUAUACAGGCUACACUGCUGUUACCAUCCCAGCCUCCUUACCCCAACCUCCUCUUCCUGAAAAGCAACGCUCAACACCCCUUCAGAAUGUGUUUGAUUGCAGUAGCGGAAGCUCAUUAAAAUCAGCUGCAAAACCUCCUACUUCUGCCCAGUUUCAUGUGUCCUUCUCCUCUGAGUUGCCUGUAACAGCUAGACACAAAGCAACCCCCUCUAGUGGAGUGGAGGAAAUGGAAAACCACCUCAGCUCCAAGUUUGUCCAAGACAGCUCUAAGUACUGGUACAAACCUGGCAUCUCUAGAGACCAGGCUAUCGCAGUAUUAAAAGAUAAGGAGCCUGGCUGCUUCAUCAUUAGGGAUAGUAAUUCAUUCCAAGGCGCAUAUGGAUUGGCCCUCAAAGUCGCCACACCUCUACCCCACGCUAGUAACCAUGGGGAGAAGGGCAGCCCUCAGGAGCAGCUCGUUAGGCACUUCCUAAUUGAGAGUGGAGCAAAAGGAGUGAAGAUCAAAGGCUGCCAAAAUGAAACCUAUUUUGGCUCCCUGUCUGCUUUGGUGUAUCAGCACUCCAUUACACCCGUGUCUCUUCCUUGUGUUCUGCGCAUCCCAGAUAAAGAUCUUGUUCGAGAGUUGCAGGAGUUGCAAAGUGGAACAAACACUAGCACAGCUGCGGACCUGUUGAAACAGGGGGCAGCUUGUAAUGUUCUGUACCUAAACUCUGUGGAAACGGAUUCUUUGACUGGCCCGCAAGCUGUCUCCAAGGCAACCAUGUGCACUUUGACCCAAGAGCCUCGUCCUUCGCCAACAGUUGUCCACUUCAAAGUGUCCACACAGGGCAUCACCCUCACUGAUAAUCAGCGCAGACUGUUUUUCAGGCGACAUUAUCCUAUUCAAAGUGUGACUUUCAGCAGUGUGGAUCCACUGGAUCGAAGGUGGACUGAUGCUGAUAACCCUUGCUGCAAGAUGUUUGGAUUUGUAGCACGGCGCAAUGGUGGUUUGGGAAACGUGUGUCACCUGUUUGCAGAGCAUGACCCAGAGCAACCAGCAACGGCCAUUGUGAACUUCAUCAAUAAAGUCAUGCUGGGACCUCAGCAGCUGUGAAAAUGAAUGCAGUAUUAGAAAGAUGAAGAAGAACAAAACAGAGAGAAAGGAGGAAAUUUAAAGAGGGCAGUGCAGUGGAUAAUGUCAGUGUUACAUUUACACUGGUGGCCAAAGGUUUGGAAUAAUGUACAGAUUUUGAUGUUUCGGAAGGAAAUUGGUAAUUUAAUUCACCAAAGUGGCAUUCAACUGAUCACAAAGUAUAGUCAGGAUAUUACUGAUGUAAAAAACAUCACCAUCACUAUUUGAAAAAACUAAGUCAGUUUUGAUCAAAUCUAGACAGGUCCCAUUUUCAGAAGCCAUCACUCCAACACCUUAUCCUUGGGUAAUCCUGCUAAUUGCUAAUUUGGUACUAGAAAAUCAAUUGAUUUUUGUGCUAUUUGAUUUGUUAAAUGAAGCUUAAUAUUGUCUUUGUGUUUGUUUUUGAGUUGCCACAGUAUGCAAUAGACUGGCAUGUCUUAAGGUCAAUAUUAGGUCAAAAAUGGCAAAAAAGAAACAGAUUUCUCUAGAAACUCGUCAGUCAGUCAUUGUUUUGAGGAACGAAGGCUAUGCAAUGCUUGGAAUUGCCAAAAAACUGAAGAUUUCAUACAAAAGUGUACACUACAGUCUUCAAAGACAAAGGACAACUGGCUCUAACAAGGACAGAAAGAGAUGUGGAAGGCCCAGAUGUACAAAUAAACAAGAGGAUAAGUACAUCAGAGUCUCUAGUUUGAGAAAUAGACGCCUCACAUGUCCUCAGCUGACAGCUUCAUUGAAUUCUACCUGCUCAACACCAGUUUCAUGUACAACAGUAAAGAGAAGACUCAGGGGUGCAGGCCUUAUGGGAAGAAUUGCAAAGAAAAAGCCACUUUUAAAACAGAAAACCAAAAUCAAAAGGUUAGAGUGGGCAAGGAAACACAGACAUUGGACAACAGAUCAUUGGAAAAGAGUGUUAUGGAUCUUAACCCCAUUGAGCUUUUGUGGGAUCAGCUAGACUGUAAGGUGCGUGAGAAGUGCCGACAAGACAGCCAGAUCUAUGGCAAGAGCUACAGGAAGCGUGGGGUGAAAUGUCACCUGAGUAUCUGGACAAACUGACAGCUAGAACGCCAAGGAUCUGCAAAGCUGUCAUUACUGCACGUAGAGGAUUUUUUGAUGAGAACUCUUUGAAGUAGUUUAAGAAGUUCUGAACAUUUUUUUCAGAUUGUAAUAGUAAUUUUUCACGUUAUUAAUGUCCUGACUAUACAUUGUGAUCAGUUGAAUGCCACUUUGGUGAAUAAAAGUACCAAUUUCUUUCCAUAAGAGCAAAAUCUGUACAUUAUUCCAAACUUUUGGCUGCCAGUGUAUGUACAGAAUGAGGAGCAUUUUGUCAUAAGGAUACACAAAAACUGACCUUUUAAGACAACUCAGAAUGCAGGCUCAGUCUGGAUCAUGUUGGUGUUAAAAUUGAGUCUGUUGAAAAAAAAGUUACAUUUCAUAUGCUUUUUAUUAAUUAAGGUUAUAUGAAGCAAAGUAAAGUAGGCUAUAUAAAAAUAAUGAAUAAAUGAGACAUUUUGGUUAGAGCUUGAGAAAAUGGGCCUUAAUUCUACCACUCAGGAUGCCAAAGCUGUAUGACUGUUAUUCCAUUGUUCUGCUUUUAUUUUCAUUAUAUUUUGAUUUUGUCCUAGUGUUUUAAAAAAAAAAAAAAAAUGGUAAGAAUGUUUUGGUUUGUUUUGGUUAUUUGUUUUGUAUUCAAAGUGGCCUGUACAUGAGGCAAAGUCAUAUUUCAGCAGCUUAUGCAUUUGCAAAGUCAUAAUUUAUGGAUUUUAAAUAAAAUGUCAAUCAAAAAUUAAACCAAAAACUAGACUCUAAUUUUAACAUAGAGUGCCUGAUUUAGUUAUUUAAUAAAUGUUUGCAGUAAUAAUGUGCUCAAGGUAUAUUUCUAUCUGGAAGU